AUGGCUGACCAAGAGAGCCCGACAGCGACCCAUAACUCGCCUCGCACGUGGCUCCUCACUGCAUCGCUAUCACCAUUGGCCGUGCGUCUGAUCCGGCAGUUGCUUUCUCACGGCGACUGUGUCGCGGCCUGUUUUCCUCCUUUGGAGAUUGAGCACGAGGAGCGAAGUGCCGAGUUUCGUGAGCUCAUCAAUGAGUGCACUAGUGGGCGGAAAGACCGGGAGGGAUGGAAGGAUAGGAUCCGCGGUAUUCGAUGCGAUGGGAGGACCAUGAGCGGGUGCGGCGCCGCUGUUGCCGAAGCCGUCGACGUCUUUGGGAGGAUUGAUAUUCUCUUGUGCUGUCGGUCGGAAGCUGUUGUUGGGACCGUGGAGGAGCUCUCUACGAACCUCGCCACCCAGAGCCUGGCAAGGGACCAGUUCGAGACCUUGUUCUUUUCCCAGGUCAAUUUCAUCAAGGCCGCUUUGCCACAGCUCCGGGCCCAGCACACCGGCCACAUCAUGGUCCUCACCAGCACCGGUGGCCACAUUGGCACGCCGCACAUGUCCAUGUACACGGCGGCGACGUGGGCGCUUGAGGGCUUCUGCGACUCCCUCGCCUACGAGGUCGCCCCCUUCAACAUCAAGGUCACCAUUGUCCAGCCCAACAAGGAGAUUCAGUCUCUCACAAAUCGCAUUGCAUUUGCUCCGCAGAUUCCCGCUUACGCCAGCAGCUUCGCCGAGGCGCCCAGCGUUCGGGAGAUGUUGACCACCGUUCUCAACUCGCACCCCGACACGGCGGUCCCGGUAAAUCCGGAAUCCGACAAUGCCGCUACGUCACCGGACAGCAUCUCACUGGAGCCGGGCGAAGCUGUGGGUGAGAUUUUUUACCGCUAUCCCAAACUGCCGCCAUCGUCAAUCGACAAGCUAGUAAACGAGACAAUUUACGCCCUGACGGCCAUUGGCGGGCACGAGAACCCGCCCUCGCGACACAUUGUGGGAACCGAAGGGGCGCUGGCAGUCAAGGAGAAGCUAAAGACUGUUACGGAAGAAAUGGAGGACUUUGUCGAAGCGAGCCUGGCCGUGGACAUCUUUGAGAGCGAGCUAACUGAGGAGGCCAGGGACGACAGGAAUCGUGGUGCUAGCCAAACGCCGGCUGCGAGCCAGACUCCGGCCACGGGACCAUCUACGAUUGCGUCCACCAACACAUGA